AGCGAUUCAUUAGAAUUAGUAAGACGAAGAAGACCACAGCACGAGAAGACAACUCCUUUCUGGAGGCACAAGUAGGCGGCCGUGAUCAUGUGAAGAUGCGCUAAAGUCGUAAAGAUAUGGCCGACGCUGCGCCGCCCGCGGAUGGCGGAGCCGCGGAGGCUCCGGCGGAAGAGCCUGCUCCCGCAGCUGAUGCUCCCGCGGAGGCGGCGGCCUUGCCGGAGCAAAAGAAAGAUGCGCCUCCUACCACUGCCGAAGAAAAGAAAGACCCUGAGGCGGAAGAGAAGAAAGAGCCGCCAGACAAGAAAACGGAAGAUCCGGCUUCGAAGGAAGAUCCGGUUUCGAAAGGCGAGGCGGGACCCGUUCCGAAGAGUGCCGAGGCCAUGCUGGGGGUGCCGAUAGACGGGAGCGCGGAAGAGAUGCCGGCACCUGCAAUGGGUCCGACAGGUUCAAGCGAAACGCUGAUCCGUUUGGAGUACAUGUUUGGCGGUGCUGCCAUCCUUGGCGGGUGUUGCGUGCUUUUCUGCUGUUGCUUAUUGGCGGGGCUGCUCCUGCUUCUCAUCUUCGCCGGCCAGUGGCAUAGAGAGUACUAUCAAGCCUCUAGUUAGUUUUGAUUCCGUUUCCCUUUUAGUUUCAAUUAUUUUCUUGUUGCUGUCAUGGUCAUCUAUGUCUAUCACGAUAAGAUGCCGCCGUUGAGCGUUUGAUAGAUUUUGAUCCGCAUGAACCGGAUUCCAGAAAUCGGACCCAUUUGUUUAACAGCGCGAACGCGGGGAUGUGUAAAGAUUUCGUAAUGGGCGAAAAUAACCGCUAUGAGCCGCAAGGAUAUCCACCCGCCGACACUAUAUCCGGCGAACCUCCAAGUAUCCUCUCCCAUCCCGGCGUCUUUGUGACGUUUGGCGAGGCGGCGGCUGGGAAUUUUGGCGGUAUCUAUUCAAACUUCUAUAGGCCUUUUUCUUUGAACCGCUACCGCUUUCGACUAGAGAAUGUAGUUAGAUGUACUCGCUUUUCUCGUUUCAAUGGCUUAAUUUGGAAGACGUCGUGCAGUUAAACCGUAAAAAAAACAGAAAUGCUCGACGCUUUGGAGAACAACUCGACGGCUCUUCCCGUCGAGUUGGCGGCAGCCAAAACCUUGCUGCUUUGGCGGCAGCCACUACAGAGACAAGCAUCUCUGUGGUUGGCCAGGAAGGUGCUCUACCUUUGCCUCGGGACGGCGUCCCGCAAGAUUGCGGAACGAGAUGCGGGGGUAGAGAAGCCGGGCGCCCUGCCAUUUGCUCCAGGGAACUCGCAGGAAAAGGCAGGCCGCCUGGCCAAGAUAUGGGCGCCCGUGUCGGCCUAGUUUAGGCCACCAAGUUCGGCCAAAAGGGGGGGGCAAAGCGAGGGCAAAGGCGGAAGCUUUAGCCCGGGGAAAGCUCCCGGAAAAAGUCGGAACCUGUUUCCAUUUUGGUGCGCUUUUGUCACGAAAAAGCCUGGCCGAGAGCUUGCUGCCUUGGCGGCAACCGGGACCCGGCCAAACCUCCAGCCGGGCAAGCCCGCAGCUGCUCAGCCUCUUCCCCCGGACCCCGUUAUGCACCACCGCGGGAUGAGAUGUGGGGGCGGAGAAGCCGAGCCAGCAGCCCGGCGGCCCAAAUACCUCGCGGCGGAUGGCAUGCGUCUGGGGUUCUUCUGGGGAGGUAUCGAGGUUAAUAUCUUGGCCAGCAGUCCAGGUCAGCAGCAGCCGAGAAAAAUGCCGCCGCGGCUGCAUCGUAUUUACCCGGGGGAGAGGUUGGAAGCAGCAAGCGCGCGGCCUCCAUUUUGCCCGACUUCUGCUGGUCUGGAUACCGGCCGAGAUGUUGAUAUCGGCGCAGCGAGCUUUUUCGGCUGGAUGGUCUGCGCCUUCCUUUUCCAUUCAGAGCGAAGAGAAAAAAAAUGAAAAAUUGCAAAGCAAAACCUUGACCAAAGCCUUAAAUUCUGCCAACCCCUAAAAAAAAAACAGAAAUGCUCGACGCUUUGGAGAACAACUCGACGGCUCUGAUUGAAAUCAAGGAGGUUCUGAGCAAGAACAGGCAUCUCUUGACGGAGCAGAACUACGUGCAGGCUUCGGGAAAAGUGUACAGUUACUACGAUGUAUGGAUUGCAAAUACGUCGGGGUCUGGAAGAGUGCGAGUUUCUGAUGCGAGCUCUGAAGAACAGGGAAAUCCGUAGCGCAUCAGCACGAAAAACUACCCAUUUUUGGUAGCGAGAAUUCGAGGCGAAUUUUCACCUGCAUGCAAUUGCAAACUAGGCAUUGAGGAGUCGAGUUUUUUCAAAACCCGCAUCGCAGACACCCUCGGUCAGUAUCAAGCUGCAGUACUACAGUUCUCCGCAAUGUUCCAGUCCCAGGCAAGUAAUUUGCAUUUGAUAUGAUGGGUCCGUGUGGCCCCUUCGGCCCGGCGAGCCGGUGAUCGGUGGGACCGGUUGCGGUGGGUCUCUCUGGGGGACGGUGGGGGAACUAUUGGUCGCGGGCGGUUACUACAGCGAAGUUGUGUUCGCAUCAGUGGCCAAGGAGAGUCCAACACUUGCAGAGCUAACAGACUACAACGGGAGGUUCUUCCAAGACCUGUAUACGGUGUACAUGGAGCUGCACUUUCACUACAGUAUUUUUACACUAGCGGCCACUUUCUAUAAAAUUCUUGCUUUCCGUUCGGUUGUUCGAUGAGUUUCGGCUUUUUUUGCAACACAAUGUAAGGACAACAUGGCGCGUCGUUCAUACUUGCGAUUUUGGAAAAAAGGAUACUUAUAAUACCAGCAGAAUUAACUCCAACACCCAGAUCGUGUCGACGCGAUUCUGAUGCACCAGGGCGAGACGGAUGCAUCGGCCGGGGAACCCGCCCAAUGGGCCACCGACUUCAAGAUUCUGCGCGAGCAUUUCGUCCAGUCGAUCGGCGCAACCAGGAACUACCCGGAGCCGCACUGGUUGCUGGCCAAAACCGCCGGAUGUUCCGUGGGAAACCUGGACGCCAUUUUGCACGCAGAGCAGGUACAGGCCGCAGUGUACUCCCACGCGUCUCCGGGCGGAAAUGCAGACCACUACCUCGAGGAGGAUUGCGGGCCCAAUCAGGACCAACCAUGCCGUCUAGCCGGGGAGUGCAACUUCACCCAGCCUGGGCUCUUCAGCUAUGCGACCUCGUGGGCGGCCGCGAUCUCAGUUUGGUACCAGACACUGAACCCGACGUAUGCAAGAAAAAAAUUGUGCAAGUGUAACUCUGUAAUGCAGAACGUGCAACACGAGUUAAGUACGCCUGUCAUGCGAAACGACCAUGGAGUCCUCUUUUCAUGUGUGUUCUCCCUUACAAGCCACGCAUGACAGAUUUUCUCUGUCAUGUGGAGGAAAUUUGUGAUGCUGUCAGCCAACGAAAGUUACACUAACACAGUUUUUCUCUUGCAUACGACGUUCGGGCACGGCGUAACCGGGGUCAACAAUCUACCGGGAACAGGCACCGUGCCGGCGAACAACUCCAAUUCUUCCAAUUUCAGUAUUAGUUUCCUCGAAACACGGGAACGCAACUCGUUCGUGAAGCACAAAGCCAUAAAUCAGCACGUCAUAGUACUAGAUGACGACCACGACGCAGCAUCGUCUUCGCCCACAGCAGCUGAUAUGGAAAAUGUAGUUGCCCGGGGAGAUCAUCAUGUUGAAGGGAAGCAAAACAGUACUAGGAUACGGAGGACCAGGACCUCGAGUCGUGUUCCAACCCUCGUGCCACAGGAACCUGGUUUGCGGACUACCGGGACGAUGAAGCACCAACGCAGCACUAGCCCUGAAUCGGAAAACAGCAGAUAUAGCGGGCGGGAAGAACCCCGAAGUCAAAAAUCGUCCCCUAGGAUGAAAAGUCGAACUGGAACAAAAAAGAAUGCGAAAACUAGACCACAGAUAGAAGCCGCUUUUUUGGAACAGCAACAGAGCUCACCUCCUGAUGAGUCACCCCCUCUACUUCCCGCGGCGCGAAAGGAAAGCACACUUGUGCGAAAAGAACCAAAUGCAAAUUAUGCAGGAAGACUCGAAUCUAGAAGGGGACUGGAAGCCGUGGUAUCACCACAGGGAACGCCGAUGGACCCUGGGGAUUGAGUGCUUACAAUGUUUUCUGUACGAUUAAUCUGUUUCACACCGUCUCAAAUGAAGUACGCAAUUGCUGAACUAAUGAAUUUCAACACAAAUAGUAAAUUACUCGAUGUCCGCGUCCUCAAUUCUUAUCCAAAAUCAGAUAGAGCAAGUGCAAAUGCAGUACCACGGCGCAUGUUGUGGUAUCCUUAUGGUAAGGAUUGGCUAAGAAGUCAAAAUGUACGAAAUGAAAUCAAUCUUGUGUGCGGAUUCUCCUGUUUCCCUUCGAAGAAAAAGGUUAAUGACGAGAACAAAAUGCAACUCACGAAAUGCAACUCACGCUCGCCCCACCCGAUCCUUGCAAAAAUGUAAAAACUCAACACUUGUGAACUUCCCAUCCUUGUUGGAUUUGAUUUUGACGUGUACACUUGAGUCAAAACCUCCACCAUUUUUUCCAAGUGCUCCCAGAGCCACUAGAC